AUGGAUCCAGAUAAAUUUGAGCAGGUCUGUCUUCAAAUUGGAGCUGAAAAGCUUUUUAACAAAUUGUGCAAUGCAAUGAGUCUUUCAAGAAUGUCUGCUGAAAGAAAGCAUCUGACAAAACUGAGAACAAUGGUGGUGAUUUACAUCAUGAUGUUUUCACAAUCCCAAAAGGCUAAUUGGUUUCAAGUCACUCUUGCCAGAACACUCCAACAAUUUGGGAUAAGUGACCAAGGCUUAGCAUCACUACGGAAUCUAGGAGUGGCAACACACCCCCGGACUGUUAAGAUGGCAUCAGAAUUAUCUGCUGCUUCUCACCUUGGCAAUGUGGAAACUUUCUUUCAAGAAGUUGUGGACAAUGAGCAGUUUCUGGUUAUUUGCAUUGAUGACUUUCAUAAUAUACAUACGCAGCAUCGCCCUGAAACAAAAUCACAGACCGAAGCAGUCCACAUGAGCACACUUUUGGUAAAAGUAUUCUCGAAUGUUAAGGCAAUUUCAAAAGAACAUCACAAAUCACCUCUGCUGCCUCCUUCUCCAGUUCAGUGUGAUACCUUGUUUAAACUUUUAAACAAGGAAAUGGCAAGCUUAUCCCAAAGCUACUCAACAACAAACCCAGAUUGGGUAGUAGCCAAAUAUUUUGACCCGGAGGAAGAAAGACGCAGACUUUUGCUGCAUGAUUAUCAACAAACUGAAAUACAGGAGAUGAGGUGUAUGGACAACACUAAACUUGUGGACAGCCUUCAUUUGCCUCUCAAAUCACUUAAUGAUUUACUCACAGCUUUUAAGUCCCUUUCUUUGAAUACCAGAGAAUGUGUUGUGAAGUACUUCCAUCCAAUAUUUGCUGAACUUUACUCCUUCCUGUUUGGAAAGAAAGCUAAAUUAGCUAAAAAGCCAAAGCCCUGGAGAGUCUCCCUGCUACUGGAAGUGCUAUAUGGUGGAUGGACUCUAAUUCGGGAAAACAUCAUUUCAAUUUUUUAUCAUUGUAAAGAAGUCGAAUUCCUUACUCUUAUCAACCUGGUCGACAAUUAUGUGCCCUUGGUUUUAAGUAUUUAUUCUGUGAUAUUUAAAUGUAAUGAUUACCAAUUGUAUUGCAAAUCAUUGUUACGCUGCUGGAUUAUGUGUAUGGUGUUCCGUCGUCGACAUUAUGACAAAGCAUUGCUGGUUAAACUCUUAGCAUUUAUGUACUGGAAAGAGAACAAUCACCCUAUGUUUGAUACGUUAAACAAUGCCUUGGCAGCCUUUGACGAAUAUCCCAUUGAAAAUUUUCAUUCUGUCCUUCGUGCUAGAACUAAUUCCACUGACAAUGCUGAUCAAAUUAGUCGAAAGGCUAAAGAGAUUGAUAAAGCUAGAUUUCAGCAGGAAAAGCAUCAGUAA